CCAACAAUCCCUUUAUCCCUGUAUCCGCCCCUGACUGGAAAAUAUGAAUAAAAAUACUUUUCUAGAGGGAAGGAUAAGUUCCGGCAUAUAAUGGGCAUAAUGGCGGAUCUACAUCAGAGAGCAGGAGAUGUUUUUCAACAGAUGGAAACUGACAUUAUCUUCGACAUCAAGAUGGUGGCUACGGAUAAACUGAACCGGAAAUGCGGACUCGGAACAGAUUUGCUCCGACGAUCCGUUCAACUAGCGCAAAGUCUUGGAUAUAAGGCGAUAAAGACGGAAGCAACGGGACUUUAUUCGAGAAAAGCGUUUGAAAGACUUGGAUUUAUCGUAGUAGCUGAAUUCCUCUACGCUGAGUAUGAGGUUGAUGGAGAACUGAUUUUCGAGAAGAUUAAGAAUCAUCGUGGAACAGUUUUCAUGUUAAAAAGGCUUUCAGAGGUUACUGUGACAAGGGCAGUCGAAAUCUAAUUUGGUUUUCAGAUAUUUGUAAAAUAAAUUCUCAUCUUUUUA